CUCCCCCCGGUCCUUACCGUCGUACGCAGAACUUCGAGAACAAUCCUCACUAACAGCAAGUUAAACCAAACACCAUGAUACUCGACCCGUCCCUCAAAUCUUCUUUCGAUGACCAAGGCUUCGUCAUAAUCCCUGCCUCCUCGCCUUCCUCCCUCAUACCAUCCUCCGACCCAGACCUCCUACAAGCUCUACGCGAUGCCUCUGGGACGAUUAUUAAGAAAACUAGAAGUGGAGAGUGGCCGCAUAGGAGGGUCGUGGGGAAACAGUUCCCGCCGUUUGGGAAUGAUAGUCCUGAUAGUUGGGGGGUGCAGCACGUUAUGCAUCCGGAUCUAGGGGAGGAAGGGAGGGUUCUGGCGCAGUGGUAUACUUCGGAAGCGGUGAGGGAUGUCGUAAAGGGAUUGUUGAAGUGUAGCGAUGAAGAAUUGCAGAUGGAACUUUUCAACCUGUUGAUCAACCCAGAGUCGCAUGAGUUCGCUUUGAGGUGGCACCGAGAUGAUGUGAAGGGCACGGCCACUGAGGAGGAGGAAAUCGAAGCUCUCACCAUCUGGCAUUAUGGGGUUCAAUGGAACAGGGCUCUUUAUGAAGACUCGUGCCUGUUCGUCGUUCCGGGAUCGCACAAGGUUCCCCGAACGCCUGAGCAGCGAGCUCAGUCUACGGGCCUUGAAGCUCCCGAGGACCCUAACAUUAUGCCCGGAGCGGUCUCUGUGACACUCUAUCCCGGUGAUACUGUCUUCUACAACAAUAACAUCCUUCACACCGGCAUCUACAAUCAUCGUGCCACCCGCGCCACAUUGCAUGCCUCAGUAGGCGAUACUCGCGGUGGGUCCACUCGCGCCCGGAACGUUCUGCAGCAUGGGCUAGAAUGGAUGGAGAAGGAUGAAAGGUUCAAAAAUGGUUUGAGUGAUGAGGGAAAGAAGAUGCUGGAUAGGUUGAUCACCAUGAAGCAUGCUGUGGGGAAUGGGAAUGGGAAGGUCGUCUAUUCGCAGGAUGGGUAAAGUGUAAGUGCAGAGAUGGAACUUUUUAUCCGCAGAGUUUGCAUCUUUUUUUCCGUCGCUCUUUUGUCUGCCUACGGCUACUGCGAUCUGGUGCCACACUAUCGACCAU